AUGUUGUUCCUGCGGAACCCACGGCUUGCUGUCGCUCCGCUCCUCGUCUUGCUGAGCGGCGGCCGAGAUGCCCAUGCCGACUCGAGCCCUGCUGCUACCAGUACCACCGCCGAUGCGACAAAGACGAGACUCUCAGCGCCCACAGUCCAACCGACCUGCGAAUCGAGGACCGUGAAUUAUAUAACACAUACGCUUCCUCAGCAAUGUCUGACCUCGCCGCCUACCGUCUCCCCAACGUCCUCCGAGUCGAAUGUCAUUGUCUCGACAACUGCUUCAGCCGCCGGAGGUGCGACCGCCGGAGAUGCGGCAGCUUCCGUUCCCGCCGAGGAGCACGAGCUCGACAGCGAUGGCAAUGACCUCAGCACUGGCGCCUUCAUGUCCUUUGAGGAAUGGAAGGAGAUGAUGCUGAAAAGGUCCGGCCAGGACGCCUUCGAAGACCGACCGCGCAAGUCGCACGAUGGACGUGGAGACGUUCCUGGCCAGGACUUUGGCUCCAUGGGCGAGGAAGGAGAGAUUUCGCUCGAUUUUGAUGCUUACUCGGACAAGAUCUCCGAGAUCACCUCGGCUGGCAAGCCUAGCCCAGAAGAGGUCCCCAGGGAAGACGCUGUGGAAAAAGUAACCUAUGACGAGAACCCCAUACAAAUAUAUCGCAGCAAAGAUGCUGGCAAGACUUGCAAGGAACGAUUCUCGUACUCAUCGUUCGAUGCAGGAGCUACAGUUCUCAAGACCAGCCCGGGGGCCAAGAACCCCAAGGCCAUUCUGGUGGAAAACAAGGACUCAUACAUGCUCAUGGAGUGCGGCACCAAGAACAAGUUUUUUAUUGUCGAGUUGAGUGACGAUGUACGGGUUGAUACCGUCGUCUUGGCAAACUUUGAAUUCUUCUCCAGCAUGGUUCGUCAGUUUCGUGUCAGCGUAAGCGAUCGAUAUCCUGUCAAACUGGAUAAGUGGAAAGUGCUGGGCGAGUUCACUGCGAGAAAUUCGAGAGAUAUCCAGCCCUUCUUGGUUGAGCACCCACAGAUCUGGGCACGCUAUAUACGUGUAGAAGUCCUCAGUCACUAUGGCAAGGAGUUUUAUUGCCCCUUGUCUUUACUCAGAGUCCACGGCACGCGUAUGCUGGAUUCCUGGAGAGAGACGGAUCUAAACGAUGCGGAAAGUGAACUCGAGGAGGAAGAAGAUUUGGCCAAGUCCAUUGAGACUCCAGAUGAUUCAAUCGAACUUGUGGAAACCAUCGAAAUUGUGGUCGACGACCAUGAAGUUGAAGAGGCUGUCCUGGUUGAAAACAAGACUACCGAAACAUUGCAGAGUGAUGUCAAUCCGUCAUAUUGGGAUCCCUCCUACUUCCACUAUCGUUUUGUGCCGGACAGUACGUGUGGGCCAGAUGAACAGCCCCCGAAACCAUCACAGACAUCACCUGGAAAGGAGCAGGACCAUCAGGCUGCACCAGCCAUGCCAAAGGCUGCAGCCACUGCCGAAGAAAGCGGCAAAACUACAUCUUCGCCAAUCAAUGGAGAGUCGAGCUCAGGAACGACUGCAACAGAAACAACGACUACUCAAGCACAUGUGGCUUCGGGCACAACACACGAACGCCCAGGCACUGCACCCACCAAUGUUACCUCGGCACCAACGAAUGCGACGAUUCCUACUUUGACGUCUGAGAGUUCCCAGAUAAUUGCUGGCAAAUCAUCUUCGGAUGCCUCCAGCAAGUCUACUACCACACAUGUCACCCAUAAAGUCAGGCCGUCGGCCUCGACAUCACUAAAACAUCCUUCGUCGAAAACGCCCACCCCAAAGGUCGUCACCGGGACUACACCACGGAACAAGACAGCAACGGCGACUUCCUCGUCGGGAUCGGCAUCUCCGACUGUCCAGGAUUCCUUCUUUAAACAUGUGACCAAGCGUCUACAAAAUCUCGAGACGAAUACCACUCUGUCAAUGCAGUAUAUCGAGUCGCAAUCCAGAUUCUUACAAGAGGCGCUCGCCAAGCUGGAGCGGCGCCAUGCCUUAAAGGUGGACCUGUUUCUUGACUCGCUCAACAAGACGGUCAUGACAGAAUUGAGAGAGUUGCGCUCACAGUACGAUCAGCAUUGGCAAAGCACAAUCAUUGCGCUUGAAUCACAACGCGAGAAACAAGAGAACGACAAUAUUGCACUAUCUACUCGUGUUGGGCUUCUGGCAGAUGAGAUGGUAUUCCAGAAGCGCAUGGCCAUCGUGCAGAGCGUACUACUCUUGGGAUGCAUCAUGCUAGUCAUCUUCAGCCGUGGUAUAACACAUGCCGGCCUUGAAUUAUACUACCCAACACACCUCCAGGAAUCCUUCAGCCGUUUCGCCAGUCCACUCUCACCCGGCGGCAGGAGGGCAGCCCAGCAUAAUCAAAGCUCAGUCAGGGAGUCCGUCGAAGAUACCGAUGCCGCAGCUGCGAAUAGAGGGCUUGUCAGCGAUAGUGACACAAACAACACGCCGCCACGCCCCAGAGUAGGUCGCAAUCCGACUUCAGAGCUCCGGCCGUCGGCACAACAUCAUCUGGCGGUGCCAAAGACCCGACGACCAUCGCCAACGAGGACCGUGUCAGAGACUACGGGCAUGGCUUUCUAUCAACCGCCCACGCCUGCUAGUCUCGAUGCCGGAUAUGACUCUGAGCCAUCCCAAAUGCCUUCGUCGCCCAAGCCGGAUUAUUUCUCGUCUCGGCAAGACGAGGAGUAUGCAGACAACAUUGAAAGCAACAUUGAGAACACGCAAGUCGGGACGACUCCGUCUUUGUCCGAUAACGACCAAAGCUCGCGGCUGUCCACUCCGGCUCUAGAAGCAGACGAAAUGGUCGACGAAUCUGAGCUACAGUCUCGCAGUACAACUAGAAUACCAAUGUCAUCAGCGGCCGGCAUUAAGCCUCUGCCCGCACUCCCCGAAGACUCUGAUUGA